GCGUCGACUUAGAUACACAUCCUUCUUAAAAAGGGGGGACGGGAUUCUAACGACAAAAUCAGGUGAUCUUGUGUCUAGGAAGGAAGCGACCUCCUCCCGAACCGAACCAAUAAAAUGAAUUCUGACUCCAGCUCGAGCAGAGCUUCAUCGCCUGACAUGGAUGAGAUGUUCCUUCGAGACCACGGACGCCUCAGCUCCAUGUCCUCUGCACAAAACGAACUGCUCCACAGGAUGACGAGCGAGCACCUCUCCCUGGCCGGGGAAAAGUCACCUGGCGGCAGCAAGUACAAACUCAAGAAACAGGUCACUGAGCAAGAGGUCCAGCAGUUACGUCUCAAAAUUAACGGGCGCGAGCGCAAGAGGAUGCAUGACUUGAAUCUGGCCAUGGACGGACUCCGGGAGGUCAUGCCUUACGCACACGGCCCGUCAGUGAGAAAACUGUCGAAGAUCGCCACUCUCUUGCUGGCCAGAAACUAUAUCCUGAUGCUGAACAGCUCCCUUGACGAGAUGAAGCGGCUGGUCGGUGAGAUAUACGGAGGACACCACUCAGCGUUCCACUGCGGGACGGUCACACACUCCAGUGGUCACUCCGGUAACCCAGCGCAUCAGGUGCACCCUCUCCUCGGUAACCCGCUCUCCUCGUCUUCACCCUCAACGCUGUCCACGGCCUUACCUGGACUUACCUCUAUUCGCGCCCCUCAUUCGCUGAUUAAGAGUGCUCCCCCGCACCCGCUACAACUCGGAAGUGGGUUCCAGCACUGGGCAGGGUUACCAUGUCCGUGCACCAUCUGCCAGAUGCCCCCUCCACCGCAUAUCCCUAUCACCUCCACAGGUCUGACAAGACUAACGACGAGCGAAAACAAAGACAUGAUAAAAUGACAUCAGAUGCAGAGAAAAAGAGAAAAAUGACAAUUUGUAAAUUGUGAAUACCAAGGACAAGAGGAUAUUGCCUCCAUGCAUGCAUGCAUUCAUUGUUUGUCUUGUUUUGCGUAUACAACCUAAAAGUUCCUCCUUGUAACAAGGAUCCCGAUAGGCUAAUGUUUUGCUAUUUGUUUUGUGUCAGCAUAGACGCCUUAAACAAUGUAAACAAAAACACAACUGUGAAACUCUAUCAUAGCGUGAAGCCCGCAGCACAUGUGACAGCGGGACUGAAUGGAACAUUGCAUGGACAUUUGAUUUGAU